CGGAGGAAGGAGGGCACAGCGAAACACCUCCUGCUUAUCUAUCCUUUGGAAUUUCAGCGCAGGGUGCUGAGCAGGCAGAGGAGUGGGACUCCGCGUCUGAGAGAGAUCUCCCCAGUCCCAGCAGACACAGGGUGAGGCGRGCACGGCCCAGACAAAGCAAGACAGGCAGGUGAAGGAAGCCAAGUCUAAAUGUAAAAGCAUUGCUUUGCUGUUGACCGAUGCACCAAAUCCCAGAAACAGAGGGGUGUUGAUGUUCAAGAAGCGGCGGCAAAGGGUUAAGAAGUAUACACUUGUCAGCUACGGGACAGGUCAGCACCAGUUUGACGACAAAAGCGACGGAGACGUAGAAAGUGAAGACGGCAAAACGGUCAGGUUUACUUUGACCACUAAUGAUUAUUCAGAACUUGAAGAAGACUACUCAAUGAAUGUACAAGUACGAGACGUCAAUUUAAACUAGGAGAACCUUGGAAUAGCCAACAUAUUUCAGCACCUGGAAGAGAUGGAGCGACUGCCAGAGACAAGAGGCAAGGGCAUGGCAAUGUUUGUGCAGCGCCGCCAGAGGAUGGAUGAGAUUGCCUUAGAGCACGAGGAAAUGAGGUGCAAAAGCUUACCAGGCGAAGGUAUUGUAGAGCUUGAAGACACAGAACUGCACAAGUCUUACAAAAUGGAUGAAACUUACAUGCAAUCCAAUCAUGCGCAUGGCAAUCAACAACUGCUGUGCAAAGAAAACCAACAGGAGGUGCAACAAUGUGCUCACAUGAUGAACAGAAUGCCCAACCACCUAUCUAGUGCCGUACCAAAGCCUCUUGUGCCCAACAGAACAGCGAAGCCCUUCUUGGGAUCCCAAAACAGAGUGCCUGUCACAUUUUCUCCUCUUAGUGGUGUCACUAGUCCAGUGAAGCAUCAUGAACUCAAAUUCAAGGUAUCAGUCCCUAUACACACAGUUCCACAGGUCUGGUCCCCAACUGGGGAGUUCAUAGCGUCGCGCGAUGAACGCAUAUCUGUACCAGCAAUCAAGACUGGCAUCCUACCAGACUCAAAAAGAAGAGGUGCUAAUAGAGCAUCCUCUGAUCAACCAUCCAAAGCCUAUAUUCAAAACAGAGGGGAAAGAAGAUCAUACAUUGAGUCAGGAGAAGAGGAAGACUACUUUAGUCUUGGUGCUGAGGCAUGCAACUUUAUGCAACCCCGAACAGUCAAGCACAAGAAUCCCCCACCUGUUGCCCCAAAGCCUAGCAUCAACCCAGUCUGUCCACCAUGGUUGAAGGAGAGUCCCUCGAAUGUGCUACUUCACCUGGCAAGGAGUCCAAUCCCGGCAUCUUUCCCAAGUCCAGUGGGGUCUCCUCCUCAGCAAUACUUCAAACAACAAGACUGGCUUUCGCGUCAGCAAACGGCGAACCCCCGGGAACCACCCCAAACUCAGUCACGACCACAGCCACCUAUGAACACCAGGGCACCAGCCAACUCAACAUCACCCUCUCAACUUCAUCCAACCAUGAAUAGCUGGAGUCCACAGCCACCGCGGUCCCCAGUGAGUAUUCAGGCCCCGAACCCAACUCACACGGCACCUCGCCAACCCACAGUCUCAAAGAAUAAGUCCCCAAAUCCUUCGGUGGCAUCUUGCCCACCCCAACAAGGGAUCUCUUACAGCCACGCAGCCAAGGCACCAUCUACAUCUCCAAUGGGUCAUAUCUCUGAGGGCCAUGUUAGUCCAGCCAUAAAUGGUCCAACUCUGAGGGGAAGAGGUGCCGAACUCUUUGCCAAGAGGAAGACCCGUAUGGAGAAAUAUGUGGUGGAUGCCGAAACAGUUCAGGCCAACAAAGCAAAGUCUCCUUCCCCCACCGCCUCCCUUCCAGGUGCUUGGAGAUACUCAUCCAACAUCCGAGCCCCACCUCCUUUGUCAUACAAUUCCCGUCAUGCUCCUUUCUACCCCCCUGCAGGAGCUAAGCAGCCCCCUUCAAAAAGUCCAGAAAUCAAGCCAAAGACCAAGGCAAAAACAAAACCACCACCCCACAAGCAUAUGGAUGCCKUAGAUGUCUUGAAACAUCAGCCUUACCAGCUGGACUCAUCACUCUUUAGAUAUAACAUAGGCACUGAGGCUGAAGGCCUUAGCCCUAGCCUCAAAAUGGCCCCCAUCCCAACCCCUGAUUCAAACCCACCAUUGAGCCCUAAACCUGCCCCUGUUGUCAGCCCUAGACCUGCCUUUGCCAUUUCUCUUUACCCUGCCCAUGAUCUUCCCCCAGCAAACCAACAAAGCAAGCCCAUAGCUCCUGCUAAGUCUACUAGAUUGGGUCUUGGCAGAAGCUACUCUCUGUCCCUACCCAGACGGAUGUGCUCCAUGUCCUACAUGCCCUCACAGUCAUCUGUGUCCCCUGUGAKCACCCCUGUGUUCCAUCCAUCUCUCGGGAGGCAGACCUCCUGGCAGGAAAAAGUCACCCUCAAGCCCCACAGCCCUUGGGAGGCUGCCUCCCGGAGCCCCCUGGGUCUGGUGGACGAUGCCUUCCGAUUCCAGAACUUCCCUCAGUCCAUCUCCACUAACYUCAACUCCGCCGCCAACCGACGAUCUCUUCCGGAACCUCCGGACGAACGGAAGUGCAAGGUGUCAUUGGACGCCCCCAGUGUCAGUGGUGGUUACUAUCAUGCUCCACCCCCAGCCAUGCAUACUAGGUCUAUGAGCUUGACCUCUGCCCCUGUUUACGGGCCUCCCUUCAGACAGGCCCAGCCUCUGUGGUCAUGGGUGAGUSCUACCGUUGGACAUAUGGGUCGAGGCCCAGGCCACCCGUGUCAGUCCRUCUACGCUACCUUGCCACGCACAACUAUGAGAAGGUAAUCUCGCACAUCUCGCUCCUCAGCUAGAAAACAAAAACAAAAAAACACCGCACUUGUAAGAACAAACGUAGAAAAUGUAAUUGGAUGUACAGAUGUAAACAAUAGGGCCAGCAUUAUAUAAUUAACAAUUGAAUCAAUAUAGUGUUUCUUUUUUUAAAGAGGGGUAUAGUGUCAUGAACGCAAAAACAGUGUUACUGUAGUGGUUUUUAGCUAUUUUGUUGUUGUAAUAUUGCAAACGGACGUGGCAGUUUCACCACUAUGGAUCCUAGCUUUAAAGGUUUUCAUUUCUGGAAAAAAAAGUACUGUCCCAGGGCAAAUAAUUAUUAUCUCAUUCUCUACUAUAAUUCUGAUCAGUGAAGUGCAUUCACACACAUUUAUAGUAUGUUCUAAUGUAUGCAAUUGGAUGUUCUGUACCAGACAAGUUCAAAUUCAAAACAAGUUUUAUGAAUUUGUAUAAAUGGAUACAUGAUAGMCCUAUUAUUUAUUUGCAUGUGUUUUACAUUGAUUUACCUCUAAAAGUAAGAGGUGUGCAAGGUGAUGAGUGAGAAAAUGGCAGAUGGCAGGGAAAGGAAAGUUAGAUGUGUUGAAACUAUAUUUGUAUAUUUAUUUUCCACAUAGUAUGAAAACUAAAUUGAAAAAUUGAUUGAGUACUGUAACAGUAUGUGAUGUAAGCGGUAACAUCUAAAAUAGAAAUACAGUAAAUCGGAUUUCAAAUGUAUUGCUAGGGUUCCUUGAUGGUUUGUGUAAUAUGCACAAUAGCACGUGUAGCAGGUUAGAUAGCAAGUACCAAGUGCACAUGCUGAUGAAAACAAUCAAUAUUCAUGUUCACGUUCAGACAAUCCCUUCUGUUACUAUGAAAGUUAAGGACAUUUUCUUCAAAUAAUAAAUCAAAWGUCUGAUUUUAUUGCUGAAAUAUAGAAAAUGAACAGUGUUUUCACUCAUAUAACUCAGUCAGUUUGCAAAACAUAGGCACACACUAUAUUCAAGACUACGUCAUUGAAUAGAGGUUGACGUUUCCGUGAUUGGUUUGGCACUUCUGUGAAAGCCCUAUGAAAUGUGUCACACUUUCAUAUGGACCGUGAAUGUGUUGAAGAUAUUGUAACUUUCAUCACUUGAUUGUGUUGUUCAUUUGUUGCAGCACUGAAGAUCCAUAUUGCACUCUUCCAAUAAAACGUUCACAUU